AUGUCCACCACAUCAUCAGUCAGUUCAACCGCUGCUGCGAGCACAAAUGCUUCCAAGGGACUCAACGAUGGAGAAGUGGCUGGAGUAGCCAUCGGGUGCUUGAUCGCUGGACUUAUCAUCGGAACAAUUAUCGGCUGGCUGAUCUUCCGAUCCAAGGGCCAACAGCGAUAUGCCAGACAAAGGCGUCGGAGUGAAGACCGGGGAAGACUGGUGGACCAUCCAAGGGAAGCCAAUGCGGUACCCCUAGGGAUAUCUGGUGAUCCCAUGAAACUGGAAAACAUCAUACUGCAGCCCACGCCAGACCAAGACAUACUUUCAGGCUUGAGACGCCUUGAGGACAUCAUCAGGCAGCACGUCGAGACCGUCUAUCAUCUCAAGCCAGUGGAUGUUGAGGAAAAGGCGUUAGCCUGCGCGCUUGCUGAUGCUGGGUACAGCAGCUCCCGUUCGGGGAUCGACAUCGAGACUGUUGCUGGCUGGUGCAACGAGAUCGACACUCGGUGUGGUGCCCUCAGACAUGUCCUUUCUAAUAUCCUGUUCAGCGCCAUCGAUUGGAACAAUCCUGGGCCACUGACAUUGCUUCCGGAGUCAGCUGUUGCCUUUAUGAGCUCAGUCCGCCGGAAUGAAAAGCAUCGAGACAACGUUAAUGUCAUGUCGUUUGCUUGGACCCGAUGGCGUACACUAUCAGCGCUAUUCAUGCACCCUGCGCCUCAUGAAAGGACCCCUCUCGAUUUAUCUGAGCCUGAUAUCCGGGAUCAGGCGGAGGCUCUUGCGAAAGCCUUGGAUCCAGUCCUACAUUACUUUGUGGCGCCGGAUGAUGAGAGUCAACAUCAGCAAGGUGAUCAUCUUCGUUUAAUGAUUAUUGAGACUGCUAAGCUCGGCUACACUUUGUUUUCUCAUACGAGUGAUUGGAAGUUUCUGUACAAGGAUAGAUCGGCAAAGAGACGCCCUGUCGUAUGCGUUGGGUUGGAGAAACUGAACGGCCUGGAUGGGCAUCGUUUUAGUUCCCCACAGCGGAUUGUAGAGCCUCACCUGAUUUCUUGA